AAAACAUUCAGAUCUAGUACUGGUAGGGAACUUGGCACGCUGCUUUGUCCAUCGAAAACUCUGGAAUCAAUAUUAACAUACCAUUUGACAUUCUCCAUUUUAAGCACUUGUUCAAGACGUCUAAGAAAUGGGCCAGCUAACAGGGAGGUCAGCGGUUCUCUUAUGCUUCAUGAUUCUUCAUCAUGAUUUCAUCAUUGCUAGAAAUCAUAUUCCAUAUUCUGGUGAUAAAGAGCUAGAGAAGGAUGUAGUUUAUGAUUCUCUGGGUCCUGUGUACAUAGGACAUGACGUGGCGGCAUUUUAUGAUGAUGUAAAUUCUGAGCUCAAAGAUGAUAAUCUAUAUAGUAGGACUCUAUCGUCAUCCAAUAAUUCCAAUUUGACGAAAAGUUUGCAGAAAACUGAAGGAGGUCGACGACGUAACUUCUCUCGAAACUACGUUGUGACACAAGUUGUAUUUAACCUACAGUGCCAUUUAAAAAAUGCGAGACAAGUUACAGCAAUCGUACAAAAAGUAGAAUUCGUUUUAACUUUUGACAAAGAUGCUCUCCGUUGCACCGUGCAAACACUAUUGCAGCUUGUGUCGCAGCAAAUUUCAUCAACUCUGACGACUGCAAACGCGAAGCAAAUCCUCCAAGCUGCUCCAAAAGCAAAGGCUCUUCUUGGUUUUACAGAUGAUGCUAUCAAAGCAAGCGUCAGGUCAUCCAGCAUUCUCAAAGUCGUGUCUCGAUCAAGUGGGACUGUCAGGGCGUUAAAGUUCUUUAAAGGCGCUGGUGUUGUUUUGUCUGUAAUUGGAAUAGGUGUGGAUAUAUUCAGCAUAGUGUCUACAGUUCUCGAAUGCCGCGAUAGACGAGAUAAAGCAAAAGAGUCGCUGAACAAACUCAAAGAAGCAGAGCAGGAAGCGAUUAAAGCAGAGAAGGAAGUGGCAUUAUAUUGUGACGAAGUCACUACAUUUUGGAAAGAAAAUGUCAUCCCUGCAGUUUGCAGUGAAUCGUUGAAGCAGGCUCUGAGAGGAGUAAAGGACCUCGUACAAAGUGCAGUGUCCAAGAAUGAAGAAUUGAAAAAGGCGUUAGAAUACAUCGAUCAGUUUACUGAACGCAUCGAUAAGGCAGGAGCUGCGAAAACAAACACUUUGUUGAAAAACCUAUUCAAAGGUUUGGCCAGCGUAGAGUUUACCAUGAGCUGCUACAGCAACAAGUUUAAGUUAAUAGGUCACGUGAUCAAUGGAUGUAAGAUGGGAACGGCGACGCUUGACAAGUUGUUUGAUGGAGGAAUCAAACUUUUUCCUGCUAAUUCAGAAGAAUGCCAGACAAGAUCAGGAUUAGUGUACACAUCCAAUGAAAACAUUUCCAACAUUGUGAAAGAAGCUGCAAAAGUCCAAGGUUUUCACACCAAGUGUCCCUUGAAUAAUUUAGAUCUAAAAGAGCUAGUUUGUAUGAAGAAACGCGAAGGUAUCACAGUUGAAGAGAUUGCAGAAGAAUCGAAUAUCUCUGAGGCUGAUGUCAAGCGUAUAGUUGAAAAAUGCACYCAAGAAUUAACACCAAAAGAGAAAAAGGUUGUUUGUUCUUUGAGAGCAUCUACUGACUGGACAGACGAAGUCAUUGCAAAAAAAUUAAAGCUGAGCGUAAAAGAAGUAAAGAAUGUGUCCUGUUAAAAUGAAUGGAAAAAUGAUUUACUCUCUAAUAAAUAUGCAACUACUUGUUA